GUAUGUAUAUAUACAUACAUACAUGCAUUUGUAAAUAUAUGGAUUUGUGUAUGUGUAAACAAAGUGAGGGAGUGACAUGAAAAGACAGGAAAAAAGGAACAAGAGACGAAUUCUUGCAGACAAAAUUUUGUAAAUACAGCUAAAUGGAUGAAAGUAAAGCAAUUAAUAAUACCUGUCUUUAAGAACAUUUGAUGUAGAAAUUCUAAUCAACUUUGUUUAGCCUCAGCCAAGAUCUCAAAAAAAAUAAAUAAAAGGAAAACCAUUAUUUGUCAAGAAUACCUAAUUCAUUUCUAUUUACUACCAUGUUGGUUCUUUCCUUUUGGAGUAUUUUAUUCUUCACCUUUCCUCAUUUUACAGAUGCCCAGAACACAACGUGGAACGUAGAAAUUUGUUUCUUUGAGGCAUAUUACUACUCAGCCGCAGUUACUUUGAACAAUGAAUCGAAAACCACAAGAAGUUUAGAGUUGCAAAAAUGCUUCAACAAUAAUUUUGAAUUAAACAGUAGAGAAAAGCCAAGUUCUAUUGAAGUUAACGAGCAUACUGGUUAUAAGGCAGUUGUUCAAAAUAAAGAUCUUCAAGAAAUGUAUGCUUUAGAGUGCCUGUCACAAUGUCAUGGGAACCAAAAGUUAGAAAAAUGGACACACUGGAACCUUGAAGUUAUACAUAGUGAGAUAAACGACAGUUAUGACUAUUCGUUUGAGAUAAGGCCUUAUGGUGAAGAGAAUAUAGUGUUUAAAACAAAUUCUAGGACAUCAAACACAUUGUUUCUGCCUACGGAAAUGAAUAGAAAGUCCAGAAUAGAGUUAUUUACUACAGGAAAAUUUUGGCCAGAAAAGAUUGUAUUUGCUCAAAAUGAAGAUCUUCAAGAAAUGUAUGCUAUUGAGGGCCUGUCAGGUUGUCCUGGAAACCAGAAAUUAGAAGAAUGGACACACUGGAACCUUAAAUUUAUACAUAGAGAGAUAAACGACAGUUAUGACUAUUCCAUUGAGAUAAGGCCUUAUGGUGAAAAGAAUAUAAUGUUUAAAACAAAUUCUACGACAUCAAACGCAUCAUUGUUUCUGCCCACGAAAAGGAAUAGAAAGUCAAGAACAGAGUUAUUAACCACAGGAAAAUCUUGUCCGGAAAAGAUUAUCAAACUGAAGAACAUGGAAACUACCAAGAUAUAUUCCUGUAGUGAUAUUCUUAACCAAAGUAAUCCUUACAAUGAGUGUUCAUUGAGAAAUGAUCUUAUGUGGAUAAUAGAACUAACCUCUCAUUCCAAACUAAUUAGCCUCGUCACACAGGUAACGAUAUUUGUUGGAGUGACCAGCAAUGGAACAAACUCUUCACAAGAACUAACAUUCAGAAAGUCAGCUUAUUCCCCCACAUUCUCUGCUUCUACCAAUAUUGGAACCGUAAGCAUUGAUGAGGUUGAAAUAUACUUUGAAGAUUAUAACGAAUCUUUUGACAUAUCCAAAAUUGUUAUGACAGGAAUACGUACUGGAGAAGAAUAUGGUUGUGUUAACAUCACUAAGACAAUCCCAGCUAAAUAUUCGUGUAAACUAUGGAAAAGCAAAAAUUGGCUGUUGAAAGUUAUUUCUCCUGAAGAACAAGAAAGAAAGUUUGUUGUAGAAUUUAUUCAAGACAAGUUAUCUUCUUUCUCCAGAAACUUGACAUGGAAUCGUUCCACUUUUUACGGAGAUAGUCAUAUCAUGUAUUUUAAUCUAAAGACGUAUGAAGACGAUGAAGUUACAAGCUUAAAACUCCAUUUCUUCGAUAAAUCCUUCAGAAUCAGUGAAAUAAGCUUAACCAAGAAUCACCCAGAGUUUAAAUUCAAAACAAAUGAAGAAAGAAAAUUGCAGAAUAGUUCGGUGACAGAAUUUACUCGAAUACCAAAAGAGGAGAAAGGAGAGAAAAUACAAUCAAAUAAAUCAUGUCACGUUACAAACGUUACGAAUGUUACGAACAUUAUGAAAAUAGUUAUUGGCACCCUUGCAGUCAUCAUAUCAUUCUUGAUCAUCAUCAUCAUCGUUCUCAGAAUCAGAUACAAUACGCUCAGAACAGUAUAAACAAUGCUAACACAUCAACAAUUCAAGACGUUGCUGAACAAGGUUAUUUCCCCAUGCAAAUAAACACUCCAGUUCGUAUUAAUGAACCCAGUCAAGGAUUUGAAGAGCAUGACUAUUGCUACAUGCAAAAUCCCAGCUCAGUUGAGUCCUGUCAAGGAUCAACGUCUUCACAGCUUAACCCUCUAGAUGUAUGUGAAAGCAGAAAUCCACUAUCAGAAAAGUCAGCUCAAAUUUGUAAUUCUCCAAUAUAUGAAGAACUAACAGUAUAGCCCAGCAUUGCUCGGGUUUGUUUUUUAGUUGUGCUUUUAAAAGUAUAGUGUGGUGAUGCUCAAGUUUGCUCUGAAUGUGCUGCAAAUGUGUAAUGCCGACUUCAGUACAUUUA